UGCAGCUCCAGUCCUGAGGCUCGGCGCUUUCCAUCUCACUCCACAGCGAGUCAGCAGCAUCCUCCAUCCGUCAAGGAUCGCGCGCUACCUGCGACCGGACCCGAACAUUUCUUGAGGGAAGGGCAGACGGCGACUGAUGACCAGAGAGAUUCGCAUUUAUUUGACAGACAACAUUUUUAGCCCUCUUUGUGGCGCGUAAUAGCCUCGCCGCUGACUUCUGUUGCGCUCUCAUCACUUGGUUGCAUUGAGGUGAUAAAAAGAAACGAGAUGAGGAUCCAGCUCGGAGUCUAAUGCAUUUUUGCUCAUUGACCAUCUUGUUGCUCCAGACUUCUAUCGUCGGCAAUGGGAGAUAUUGAUUGGGAAGGGAGCGACGCGUUUUAUUUCUAAAGGAUGUUUCCAAGUAUGUGGGAAAAAUAGCCAUAGCUGUCAGAGUGCAAGGCCAAAUGACAUAGGAUGAAGGCUGUUCGUAAUCUGUUGAUUUAUAUAUUUUCCACCUAUCUCCUGGUUAUGUUUGGAUAUACUGGUGCCCAAGAUUUCUGGUGUUCUACACUGGUGAAAGGAGUUAUCUAUGGAUCUUACUCGAUAAACGAAAUGUUCCCCAAGAACUUGACAAACUGCACUUGGACGUUGGAGAACCCGGAUCCCACCAAAUACAGCAUCUACCUAAAACUUUACAAACGAGAAAUAAGCUGUUCCGAAUUCUCUCUGCUGGCCUACCAGUUCGAUCACUACUCGCACGAGAAGAUCAACGAGCUGCUGAGGAUCAACGAGUCUAUCGUGCACCUGUGUGACGACGCCAAGAAUAUUUAUGUGUUUUUGCAUUACGACAAGAAUUUCGUUCAGCUCCGGAGGGCGUUCCCGUACGAUUACAACGGAUUGACGACGAAAAAGACGGAGGAAGAGGAAAGGUCGGUGGUGGAGUUUGUGGUUUUGAACAAGGCGAGCCCGAGUCAGUUUGGAUGUCAGGUGUUGUGCACGUGGUUGGAAAACUGCUUGAAAGGAGAGAAAGCCGAAUCGUGUGGAAUAGUCUACGCUAAGUGCACCUGUCCGCAACAUUUAGGAGAUGGGGAAUCUGAAAGCGUGCUGAUGCUCAGUAACGUGGUGUUGCCUUUAAAUCCCCAAACCGAAGGAUGCCUGACUCCUCAGGUGCGCUCGGCGCAGGUGUGCAAUCUGAGCGCGGAGGUGCGGCGCCCGUCCAAGGAGGAAUAUGGAAUGAUCGGAGAACAUACUGUUAAAAGUCAGCGGCCAAGAUCAGUACUUGACACAAAGAACCUACAGGAGCGAGAUGAGUCUGCUAAAUUUAUGGCACAAACUGGUGACCCUGGUGCUGAGGAGUGGUCCCAGUGGAGCUCUUGCUCAGUUACAUGCGGUCAAGGGUCGCAGGUGCGAACAAGAACGUGUAUCUCACCUUACGGAUCACACUGCAGUGGCCCUUUAAGAGAAUCCAGGGUGUGCAAUAACACUGCCCCCUGCCCAGUGCACGGCGUGUGGGAAGAGUGGUCUCCAUGGAGCCUGUGCUCCUUCACCUGUGGGCGGGGUCAUCGUACCCGAACUCGGAUGUGCACUCCGCCCCAACACGGAGGAAGAGCGUGUGACGGACCGGAGACCCAGAGCAAACUCUGCAACAUUGCUCUCUGCCCAGUGGAUGGACAGUGGCAGGAGUGGAGUGCUUGGAGUGAUUGUUCGGUGACCUGUUCAAACGGGACACAGCAGAGGAAGAGACAGUGUUCAGCGGCCGCUCAUGGAGGAUCUGAGUGUAGAGGACAUUGGGCGGAGAGCAGAGAGUGCUCCAACCCUGAGUGUACAGCCAAUGGUCAGUGGAACCCGUGGGCACCGUGGAGCGGGUGCUCGAAGUCCUGUGAUGGUGGUUGGCAGCGGAGGGUGCGGGUGUGCCAGGGCCAGGCGGUCACGGGGCAGCCGUGUGAUGGCAGUGGAGAGGAGGUCCGCAGAUGCAGUGAACAGCGUUGCCCAGCUCCUUAUGAAAUCUGUCCAGAAGACUACGCUGUGUCCAUGCUAUGGAGAAGAACUCCCUCUGGAGAACUGGCCUUCAACAGGUGUCCACCCAACGCCACAGGCACCACUAGUCGACGCUGCUCGCUGGAUCACCGCGGGGUGGCCUUUUGGGAGCAACCCAGCUAUGCUCGAUGCAUCGCAAAUGAAUACAGAUACCUGCAACAAUCAGUCCAGGGGCACCUUGCUAAAGGUCAGAGGAAUCUGGCAGGGGAUGGCAUGUCCCAAGUUACAAAGGUCCUUCUGGAUCUCACCCAGAGACGUAAUUUCUAUGCCGGUGACCUUCUCUCCUCUGUGGAGAUUCUCCGGAACGUUACUGACACCUAUAAACGGGCCAGUUAUGAACCCUCUUCGGAUGAUGUUCAGAAUUUUUUUCAGAUCAUCAGUAAUCUUCUGGAGGAGGAGAACAGGGAGAAAUGGGAAGAUGCACAACAGAUUUAUCCAGGAUCAGUCGAGUUAAUGCAGGUCAUUGAGGAGUUCAUCCACAUUGUCGGGCUGGGAAUGAAGGACUUUCACAACGCCUACCUGAUGACCGGAAACUUGGUUGCCAGUAUCCAGAGGCUGCCCGCUGUGUCUGUCAUGACUGAUAUAAACUUCCCCAUGAAGGGACGGAAAGGAAUGGUAGACUGGGCCAGAAACUCAGAGGACAAAGUCGUCAUUCCCAAAGGAAUCUUUGUUCCCCAGACAGCAGAUAUGGAUGGAUCUCCUGUGUUUAUUCUCGGGACGGUCCUCUACAAAACUCUUGGCCUUAUGCUACCAGCUCCAGGGAACAACACCGCUGUGAACUCCAAAGUGAUCGCUGUGACCGUCCGACCGGAACCCAGAGUUACAGAGACCCAGCUUGAGAUUGAAUUAGCUCAUCUAGCUAAUGGAACAAUCAAUCCGUUCUGUGCACUGUGGGACAGCUCUGUUAUGAACGAUUCGUGGGGUAGCUGGAGCUCUAAAGGAUGCAGAACUGUGCUCACCGAUGCAUCCCACACCAAAUGCUUAUGUGAUCGGGUAUCUACCUUCGCCAUUUUGGCUCAACAACCUAGAGAAAUAGCUAUGGAGUACUCAGGGGUCCCAUCUGUGACGCUCAUAGUGGGAUGUGGUCUGUCCUGUCUGGCCUUGAUCACACUGGCAGUGGUGUACGCUGUUCUGUGGAGGUACAUCAGGUCUGAGAGAUCAAUUAUUCUGAUCAAUUUCUGCCUUUCAAUCAUCUGCUCCAACAUUCUGAUCCUAAUUGGACAGACGCAGACGCAUAAUGCGGGCGUAUGCACGAUGACAACUGCAUUUCUGCACUUCUUUUUCCUGGCGUCCUUCUGCUGGGUUUUGACGGAGGCUUGGCAGUCCUACAUGGCAGUGACGGGAAAAGUUCGGACCAGGCUCAUCCGGAAACGCUUCCUCUGCCUGGGAUGGGGAUUGCCUGCCCUGGUAGUCGCCAUCUCAAUGGGAUUCACAAAAGCGAAAGGAUAUGGGACGCCUCAAUACUGUUGGCUAUCUUUGGAAGGCGGUCUUCUCUAUGCAUUCGUGGGACCUGCUGCUGCAGUGGUGCUGGUUAACAUGGUCAUUGGUAUUCUAGUGUUUAACAAACUGGUUUCGAGAGACGGCAUCCUGGACAAGAAGCUUAAACACAGAGCAGGGCAGAUGAGCGAGCCCCAUACUGGAUUAACUUUAAAAUGUGCCAAAUGUGGUGUUGUCUCAACCACGGCUUUAUCAGCGACAACGGCCAGCAAUGCCAUGGCCUCUUUGUGGAGUUCCUGUGUUGUUCUCCCUCUCUUAGCUCUCACCUGGAUGUCUGCAGUGUUGGCCAUGACGGACAAACGUUCCAUAUUAUUCCAGAUCCUCUUUGCCGUCUUUGACUCCCUGCAGGGCUUUGUAAUAGUCAUGGUUCACUGUAUCCUCAGAAGAGAGGUUCAAGAUGCCUUCAGAUGUCGCCUAAGAAACUGUCAAGACCCCAUGAGUUCGGAUGCGACCGGCACGUUCCCCAACGGACACGCACAGAUAAUGACGGAUUUUGAGAAAGACGUGGACAUUGCCUGUCGAUCAGCCCUUCACAAAGACAUGGGCUCUUGCCGGGCAGCCACCAUCACCGGUACCCUCUCCCGCAUUUCUCUCAAUGAUGAGGAGGAAGAGAAAGGUCCCGAGGGACUCAAUUACUCUACGUUGCCUGGCAACAUCAUGUCUAAAGUGAUCAUCCAGCAGCCCUCCGGACUUCACAUGCCCAUGGGCGUGGGCGAUCUGGGGGAACAGUGUUUGGACAGCGCGGCGGAAAUGCGGAGGGCCAUGUACCUGUGCACGGACGACGCCACCAGGCAGAACGACCAGGAGAUGAGCGGCCACGACCUGAGCGGCCACCCCCAGUCGGGGCAGAUGGAGACGGACUACAUCGUCAUGCCCCGCAGCUCUGCGGCGGUGGCGUCGGGGGCCGGAUCCAGCAGCGUGCCGACCCUCCUAAAGGAGGACAGCAAGAUGAACAUCACCAUGGACUCUCUGUCGCACGAGAGGCUGAUGCAUUACAAGAUGGGCCCCGAGUUUACCCUCGGCCAUCAUUCGGGGAUGGAGCACAUGGGCAUGGGGAUGGAGCAGCAGUAUCCGGGCCAGGCCGAACACAUGCAGAACCUGCCGUUCGAACCACGCACGGCCGUGAAGAACUUCCUGGCGGAGAUGGAAGAGAGCGGAGGGCUGUCUCGAAGCGAAACCGGCUCAACUAUAUCCAUGAGCUCUUUAGAGAGAAGAAAAUCAAGGUACCAGGAUUUAGACUUCGAGAAAGUCAUGCACACCAGAAAAAGGCAUAUGGAGCUGUUCCAGGAACUCAAUCAGAAAUUUCAAACCCUGGACCGAUUUCGAGACAUACCAAAUAUGGGCGGCAUGGACAAGCUAAUGGCAAACAAGAACCCCUGGGAGAGCUUCAACCCGGCGAGCGAAUACCAGAACUACUCCACAAUGAAUGUACUAGAACCCAACACAAAGAACUCUCUUGAGAUGACUAGCGCCGAGUGGGAAAAGUGUGUCAGUCUCCCACUGGACGUGCAGGAGGGAGAUUUUCAGACGGAAGUCUGAGGAAUAACCAAGCGUUAGCGGGGAGACGUGCGUGACGCCGGACAUAUUUUGCACUGAAGACUUUUCACGCAGCCUUGGAACGACAUAUCUGGAGUCGAGGAGAGAAUAGCAGGGACGAUACGUGCCAAUAAGAUUUAAAAAAAAAUGAAGGCAGAAUAAGACGACUUUAGAAAAAGACAAAAAACAUCUGUGUUAUCUUUCUUUUGUAUUCGCACUCGUGUAUUUAGUGGGGGGCAGACGUGUACAAUAUUGAACAUCAUGUGUUGGAAAAGAAUUGAGUCCCAAUUGAGA